AUGAGGAGGACCAACAGGACAUGUCGCUCACACAGAGAAGGAGGACAGUGUGAAGUGCAGCAGAGCAGACCUCAGUCUGACAAGAGGACAGACGGCUGGCUGCUGGUCUAUUCUCCUGUUCCAAUCGGCUGCAUCUUCCUGUGUUACCUGCUCAUCAUAUGGGCAGGGCCUAAGCUGAUGGCCAAGAGGCAGCCAGUAAACCUCAAACCUGUCCUGAUCGUGUACAACUUUGCCAUGGUCUGCCUGUCUGCCUACAUGUUCUAUGAGUUCACAGCCUCUUCCUGGUUGGCCAGAUACAGUCUGCUGUGCCAGCCAGUCGACUACAGUGACAGCCCGCCGGCCAUGAGGAUGGCAAGAGUAUGCUGGUGGUUCUACUUCUCCAAGGUGAUCGAGCUCAGUGACACUAUAUUUUUCAUCCUAAGGAAGAAGAACGGUCAGCUGACCUUCCUCCAUAUCUACCACCACGCCACCAUGAUCUUCAACUGGUGGGCCGGGGUUAAAUAUGUGGCUGGGGGCCAGUCCUUUCUGAUUGGUCUGAUCAACUCCCUGGUCCACGUAUUGAUGUAUUUGUACUAUGGCCUGGCUGCUCUGGGGCCGAGCAUGACCAAAUACCUGUGGUGGAAACGCUACCUCACUUCCCUGCAGUUGCUCCAGUUCUUCAUCGUCACCCUCCACACCACCUACAACCUGUUUGCUGACUGCGACUUCCCCGACUCCAUGAACGUGGUGGUGUUCGCCUACUCUCUCAGCCUCAUCGCACUUUUCAGUAACUUCUAUUACCGCAGCUACCUGGACAAGAAGAAGACCACGUAGACGUGAGGGGAUGAAGAAGGAAACGAUCUGGUUCCAUCCAAUGCUGAACGUGGAGGCAGAGAAAAGAGCUGAGAGGAGUUUGGGACCAGGGAGGUUAUCCAGAGGCGGGCGAAGGAGAGGCC